UCUUCUAUGUUUAGCAUAAGUAUCUUAUUAAUAUUAGAUCCAGUCCAAUUUAGGAUGGAGUCCGGUUUUAAGAUACUUGUAUAAAAGUAGAGCUGAAGAUGAGCAAAGCAUCAUUCAGUCAUCGGCCGUCUGAAACUCACCGCAAAAUGUUCAAACUGAUCCUCGCCCUCGCCCUCGUCGGCAUCGCCGCUGCUAAGCCCCAGUGGGCUACUCCAGUAGCAUACACCGCCCCUCUGGCCUACCAGGCCCCCGUAGCUUACACUUCCUACACCCCCGUAGCCUACAGCGCCCCUGUCGCUCAGGUCCCCGUCGCCCAGGUCGCUCAAGUAGCACCCGUCGCUCAGGUGGCCGCUGUUCCCCAGUACCAGUACGCUCGCGUUGCUACCCCCGUUGCUCAGGUGGCGACCCCCGUCGCUCAGGUGGCCGCUGUUCCCCAGUACCAGUACGCUCGCGUUGCUACCCCCGUUGCUCAGGUGGCGACCCCCGUCGCUCAGGUGGCCGCUGUUCCCCAGUACCAGUACGCUCGUGUCGCUACCCCUGUAGCCCAAGUCGCUCCCGUUGCCCCCGUCGCGCAAGUCGUCCCCGCCGUCACUGCCUACUCCGCUGCCACCCCCGUGGCCUACGCCAACGCCUACGGAUACCCCUCUUACCUCUGGAAGAAGAAGUAAAUGAAUGAUCAACAUUCUUAAGUUAGAUACGCCUGUUACAUCAAAGAAUAUCUAUUCGCUAUGAUAAACUGGCAUGUUUAUCACUGUGGAUGGAUAACUACAACUUUCUCUACUGUUAUAUUUGUUAGAAAUUGGA